AUGACAUACUUGGAUAAAGGUCCUUGUCAACCAUAUGGGCACGACUUUCCAAGAAGACCGAUGGGAAAUGAUAAUAGGUGUUUUCGGAAAGAAUGGUUUUUUGAAUUUCAUUGGAUAGAGUAUAGUAUAGAAAAGGAUGCGGCUUAUUAUUUGCAUUGCUACUUAUUCAAACCUGAUAGAGGGGGUCAAGGGGGUGAACAUAUAUUCACCAAGACCGGCUUUAGGGAUUGGAAGCACAAAAAGACAUUGAAAGAUCAUGUUGGGCUCUUUGAUACUUGUUGUAAAGAAAUUGAAGAAAUCUUAUUUAGUAACGCUCUUGGAAAUGACCAAAUGAUUUCACCAAACAUCCAAAAGGAUUUAGUUAAUUGUUGUGUCGUAGAGACAAGAAGGGCUAUUAUCAAUGAGAUGUGUGAUUCUUUGUUUUCAAUUUUUGUUGAUGAGACUCGUGAUAAUUCUAUAAAAGAACAAAUGGCAGUUGUUUUGAGGUUUGUUGACAAGAGUGGGAAAGUGAAUGAGUGUUUGUUGGGCAUUUCUCAUGCUACUAAUACUUGUGUCCAACCACUAAAGGAUGCCAUUGAUGCAAUAUUUUCUACAUAUGGAUUGAGCAUAUCUAGCCUGAGAGGUCAAGGUUAUAAUGGAGCAAGCAAUAUGUCAGGUAAGUUCAAUGUCUUAAAAGCCUUAAUUUUAAGAGAAAAUCCAUAUGCUAUAUAUAUCCAUUGCUUUGCUCACCAGUUUCAGUUGGCGGUUGUUACUGUGGCACGUACGGAUGAAAUGCUUGGUGAUUUUUUUAACAUGCUUGCUAUUAUUGUGAAUUUGGUUGGUGCAUCAUGUAAGCAUGUAGAUGCUCUUCGAGCAAGUUAUCAUGCUGAUAUUUUGAAGAAGCUUAAUAUUGGGGAACUUACUGAUGGAAUUAGUCAGUUUCAAGAAAUGAGUUUGGCACACCCCGGUUAA